UGACCGUCAAACAGCUCCAGGAUGCUGUCAUCCUCGUCCCUGCUGACCUGCCGUUCAUCAGGGGGCAUCUGAUUUACCAAACAUGAUGAAGACUGAGCGCCCUUCGGGCAACGGGGCGUCCGGUGGGAGCAACGGGGGAAGCGGGAGCUCAAACCUGCGGAGUCCCUCACCCCAUCGCAACGCCUAUGAGGCGGGGCUGGCGGCUCUGAAGAAGGCCACCGACCACCUCAACAAUGCCGCCAACGGGGGCUCUGACCCUGCGUCCAAACCCACUCCCUUGCCUCGCCCGACCGGGAGAGACCGGAGAUAUGGAUCCAACGUUCACCGCAUCAAGAACAUGUUCAUGCAGAUGCAGUCGCCGGGAGACGAGGAGGACGGAGCCAAAAUGAUCGGUAUAGAACAGUCGGUCAAACUGUCGCUGCCACGGGCCUCCAGCCUCAACGAGAACGUGGACCACAGCGCCCUGCUCAAACUCGGAGGCACGGUCUCAGAGAGGGUCAACCGGUUUGACUCUAAACCAAGUGGGGAAGGCGAGAGCUCCUCCGUGGGUUUCACCAAACUGCAGGAGACCAGGAGGAUCUUUGAGCAGCGGACCCUCCAGGAGAAGCAAGCGGCCACGAACCGGAUCUUGCUGAAGAAGGAGCGGGCCUCGGGCUUCCAGGGCAGCCGUCUAGAUGUCGUGGCCCGCUUUAACGGCUCCACUGAGGCUCUGGACCGACUUGACGACCCCCCACCUUCCGCUCCCGCUCCACCUCCCUCUUGCAUUCCUGCUGCUGCAGCUUCAGUCGGGCCCGGUGACGCCGUCAGCCCCACCGUGAGCCAGCUCAGCGCCGUGUUCGAGAAGGGCGAGCAGCCAAACAGUCUCACCACCCCCCAGCGUCGGUCAGCGCCUGCCCUGGCUCCAAAGCCCAAACCUCCAGCCAGAGGAGAGGCUGUCAGCAGGAAG